AUGGGAAUGGUCGGAAUGCUUCGUCAUGAUCUUCAACAAAGAUUUCAAGGAUCAACUUCUACUGAUGAUAUAAAUUUGGAAAAUGCUAGUGUUGAUAUUCUUUUUGAGGAAUUUGAUGAAGAUGAAGUUUCACAAAUUGAUAUCGAAUUACCGGAUUUUGAUACGAAUAACAAUGAGCUAAUAAUGGAAGAGUUUUUUGAUAUGAGAACCUUUGAAGAACAAAUUAUGAUUGAAGAAGGUUCCCAACCUCAAGAAAAUACUAUCAGCAAUGAAGAUUGGUCAAUUAAUGAUAUCUUCUGA